CUGCAACCUCCCCCCCUGCCCUUCAACAGCCACUUACAGUGACUCAAACCCUCAGACCCGUGGUGCGCUUGCAUGUUGGUGGGCAGACAGCUGCUGUAUUUUCCACCAUUUUGAUCUGUUAUCGCUUAAACUGCAGAAGUGGGAACACUGCAGCCAGCAUCUUUAGCUGGACACAGAAACUUUUAACAUUAGCUACCCCAGUGUAUUGUGAUAAUAAUGCAAAUCUUUAGACCCACAUAAAAAAAACCUGGCAGAUUUAAUAAUUUUUCUUGCAACUUGCAAAUCCAUAAAAAACCCAGCCAGGCCGGACAAUUGCCGGCCAGGUGGUAAAGUACUUCCAGGGGGGCAAUAACCCCCACCCCCACGGCACAUAUACCUGCUCCUAGGGCAAUAGCGCCACCAUUGCCAGCACACAAUCCACCCAUGGGUGUAAUAAACUCCCUGUCCCCAGGCCUAGGCCCACAAACCUUCCUCGGGACAGUAACGGCCCAGGAAGAAAAAUCCAGGGACUCAUUCCUUUCCCGUCCCCACAUGCUAUUUAGGGAAAGACUAGUUCUCUUCCCCCUCUCUGCCCCCGCCCCCCAGUAUCCUAAAAGGGGUCCCUUUGGGGCUAAAAGGAUUUGAACUACACACACUGGGGGCCUUGUCUGCGUGCGUAGAGGUUUUUCCUUAAUUCUUCCCCAUGUUCUAUAGCACCAGUGCAGCUCUUCCAACGAUAGAAGCAGUGAGAGCACUAGGCCCUUACGCUUUUGACCAGGUGUCAUCUAGACCUGCUCUGAGCAGGGGGACCAAACCUAUUAACUAGCCAUAAAUAUGAAAUGUGACAGGGGUGGAGGCCAUCAAACAGGUCCAGGGACAACACCCUGGUGAGAAGCCCUGCUCAACCACCUCUCAGUGCUGGGAGGGGAAGGGUGCUUGGUUUACUACCAGGGUGCUGUCCCUGGACCCAGUUGGGGCUCUCUUUGUUGUAUCAGCCACUUCCUUACAGGUGUCUGAUAAAUGUGAAGCUCCAUCCCCUGGCAGCUGACAGAGAAAAAGCUUUUUGGUUUCCUCAUCCCAGCCCCCAACUGCAGGGCCUGUAAAAACACACCUUUUUGCAGAGAAGACAUAGUCUUCAUUAGCGUUUGGGGCUAAAGCCCCCAUUGGGGUGCCUGGGGCAGUUCACACCUCUCUCCUUUGUUUCAGGCUGCCUGCAGACUCAGGCAACCAUCACAGCAUCAGUUCACACUCACUUUACAUUGGGGACGUUUCCUUUGCAACCACCAGGGACAGAGAGGGAGCUAUUGGGCACACAGGAUAGAAGCCAUUGACUAGGGGAACGUAUCGGUUCACAGUGAGCCGGCCCCGCUCCUUUCUAGUGAAUAACGCCCUGUCACUCGGGUGGGAAUUUGGAGACGGUCCCUAGCGCCCGCCGGCGCCGUGAGUCCGUUCCUCUCGUCCCCUAGGGCGGGCUCAGGGGCGCAUGCGCAGCAGGAUGCUCCUCGCGCUGCGGCGGUGUGAGGGGGAGGUCAGGCUGCUCCGCCGCGUUCGCUCCGCCAUGGCCCAGUCGGUGCGGUCCCCGGGCGGCCCGGCCCGGCGCCCGGCCUCGGUGCUGGGCACCAUGGAGUUCGGGCGCCGCACGGACCAGGAGGCGAGCGGGGCGCUGCUGCGGGCCUUCCUGGAGCGGGGGCACCGGGAGCUGGACACGGCCCAUAUGUACGGGGGGGGCGCGUCCGAGCGCAUCUUGGGGGCGCUGCUGGCGGGCGGCGACGGGCCCGCAGUGAAGAUGGCAACCAAAGCCAAUCCAUGGGAGGGGAAGACUCUGAAGCCUGAGAGUGUCAGGUCUCAGCUGGAGACAUCCCUUGAGAGGUUACAGAUGAAGAGCGUAGACUUGUUCUAUCUCCAUGCCCCUGACCACAACACCCCUGUGGAACAGACACUACAUGCCUGCAAUGAGCUAUACAAAGAGGGAAAGUUUAAGGAGCUUGGUCUGUCGAACUAUGCAGCUUGGGAGGUGGCAGAAAUCUAUACCAUCUGCAAGUACAACAACUGGGUGCUUCCAACUGUGUAUCAGGGCAUGUACAAUGCAACCACUCGCCAAGUGGAAACCGAGCUGUUGCCGUGCCUUAGACACUGUGGAAUGCGGUUCUAUGCCUACAAUCCUUUGGCUGGAGGGCUGCUGACAGGGAAGUACAAGUAUGACGAUAAAGACACAAGCCAACCAACUGGCAGGUUUUUUGGAAAUGAUUGGGCACAGACCUACAGGGACAGAUACUGGAAGGAGCACCAUUUCCAAGCCAUUGCCAAGGUAGAGAAAGCAUUAGGGGAGGCUUAUGGCUCUAACCCCCCCAGCCUAACUUCAGCUGCUUUACGCUGGAUGUACAACCACUCCAAACUUCAGGGUGCCCUUGGAGAUGCAGUGAUCAUUGGGAUGUCCAACAUGGAUCAGCUGCAGCAGAAUCUCACGUGCAGUGAAGAGGGCCCUCUGCUCCCAGCUGUGGUGGAAGCAUUUGAUAGAGCCUGGCACCUAGUAGCACAUGACUGUCCCAACUACUUCCGCUAGAAAAUGGGGGUAGCAAAUUUAGUGUGGGGAUGGUAACCAAGUAUUCUGGCAUCUGAGACCUCCUAACUCCUCCCAAAGCGUUUCAGAGGAAACUUCACCCUUGGAUCAGGGGUUCCACGUAGUGAACGUAUUAGUGCCAUAUUGGGGUUGCCUUACACUAGAGUUGAAGCUCUUCGUACAAUCACAAGCCUCACUGUUUCUGUGCUGAUUUAAUGGUAGCUGCACAUGGUGUUCAAGCCAUCAUGUGUCUUGUUUUUCCUUAAACAAAACUAAAAGCCAUAAUUGCCAUGAGAAUGUCCCUUAAUAGGGCAGCUCCUAUUUUCACCCGAGCGCACACAAUAGCAUUGUGAUUCAGUGAUGUAAUUCGUAUAAGGAACGGGCCCUGUGAUAUGGCCAGUUGAAGUCUCCAGCUACGACUGUGGAUAUUUGUCUUCAAUCAUCUGUCAGAAUAAAGCAUUUUCUAACUCAGGCCAUGCCUGUUUAAUUGAA